AUGAACUUGCCGCGACUGAAGCAGCUGUUUCUAAGCUGGAGCCAGCUAGGCACCGAGGACAGGGUGCAACUGGACGCGAAAGUUGCCAACUGGUGUUGCCCCAAUAGGCGACAAUUGUACAAACCUCUCCAGGAGGCACUCAUCCGCUGGGAAACCGUGCAGGACACUCAAGGUGCUCCGGGUUGCGAACCAGGGAUGGUCUCCUUCUCGUGCGAUCCCCAACUCGAAGAGGAACUAGUGAGCGUGAUUUAUAGUCUGGAGCUGCUGUUCACGAAGAAUCGACGAACUCGCGAAAUCGACAUGGAAUACGAAGUGGGUCGUUGCACGGAUCUCAAGAGAGACAUGUCACUGAACCUGAACUGUGACAAUAAUUUGCGGUCAAUGUUGAGUCCUAAAGACAGGACACCCCACUCGGUGCACAGCUGCGGUUACAUCGCCGAUUUCAAACAAUCCGACGAAGAACUCAGCGGAUACUUGACUAAUUGAUUAAUCGAUUGGUAUCAUCGACGUGGAUUAUCAAUUAAGGCUUUGCUAGUGGGAAACGAGGUAUCGUGUAAGGACGAUUUUUACAGUGAAAGAGAAUCGGGUAUA